AUGAAUUUAAAUUUUUUGUAAGCCAAUUAAUUAAAUGCAAAAACUGAAUAUUUAUAUUUGAAAAACUAAAAUACUUUAUAGAGUAUCUAUGAAUUUUAAAUAGAACUUAUUAUAAAAGUGUUAUUACACUUCAAUUUAUUUAUUUUAUAAGAAUAAAAAUAGGAAUAGACUGCAGUAAUUAUAAUUGAUUUUUGUUUAUUAUUUUGCUAACUCCUAUUUGAUAUAGAGAUUAUCUAUGCAAAAACCUUUAAAUUAUAUUUAAUAAAUUAUUAAAAGCAAACAAGAACUAUUUAUUUAAUUCAAGUACUCCAAGCAUCAAUUAUAUAAAAAACAAUUAUUAUCAUAAAAUAUCAAAAAAAUACCUUUCUAAAAACCGAAAGCAAGUUUUUUUUUUCAAACACAAUUUAACAAACUCUAAUAGAAGUUAUUAUUGCAACCAGAAACAAGUCAAUCAAUCAUCAUCAUCAUCAUUGCAAAUAAAAAUUAGAAAGAUGA